AUGGACGACCUUCACACGCCCACCGUAGCUUCAGGCCCGACGUCGGGUGGCUACUCCAAUGGCGUGUCCAAGGACCAGCUGUCGUUGCAGGAGCUCAUCGCAGAGAAGGACAGGCUUGAGACGGAGCUCAAAGCACUCGGGCAGGUCUUGGACUCAGUCAGUGCCUGGAUGCAAUGUACAUGUGUAGUGCUCAAGCUGAUGUAUUCUGUAGCAUGGCGUGAACAUGAACACGGGCCUCACCACCUUCGACGGCUUCCCGCGCAGCGACAUCGACGUGCCCCAGAGUAUGCGCCACCCAGCGACACGGCGCAGCUAUCGCUGACCAGCGGAAUAGUUCGGACCACGCGCGCGCGCAUCAUUCGCCUGAAGAACGACUACAAAGACCUCAUGUCGCGCAUCGAGAAGGGCCUCCACGAGCACCAUGCGCGUCUGGCAGAGCAAGCGCAGAGCGAUCCAGAGGGGGCAGCUAGGGCACAGGCAUCGUUCGAGGCAACACCAGCAGCGCUCGAGGCGCCAUUCGCAAAGGUGAACAGCGUUGUCGCAGACAGCCCCGCCGAGCUGGCAGGUCUGCGAGUCGGAGACACCAUCACCAAGUUUGGCUGGGUCGACUGGACGAACCACGAGAGGCUGUCUCGGGUGGCAGAAGCUGUCUCGCAGAACGAAGGGCUCCCGAUUGCAGUCAAGGCACUGCGCCCGACCGCCUCAGGCGGACCAGCGGAGACGGUGCAGAUGACGCUGACGCCACGGAGGAACUGGGGCGGGCGCGGAAUGCUGGGCUGCCAUCUGUUGCCGCUGUAG